CGCGAUGACGCACGGCAGGUUUGCGGACGUGGCGGCGGCGCACGGCCCAGAAGGCGGAGACGUUGGCUGCGGUGGCGGCAGAGGUCGGGGGCUGCCAAAACCGGAGGGUUGGUCAUGAAUUUGCCCGGGACAGGAGCCGCGGCGGCGGACCUGACGGCCGGCUCCUUGUUGCGUCCCCGCUGCUAACAGAACAGAUUUUGACAUGGCAGGGAGACAUCAGAAUCGUAGUUUUCCUCUUCCAGGAGUUCAUUCAAGUGGUCAAGUACAUGCGUUUGGAAAUUGUACAGACAGUGAUGUGUUGGAGGAGGAUGCUGAAGUGUAUGAGCUUCGAUCCAGAGGAAAAGAGAAAAUCCGAAGAAGUACAUCAAGAGAUAGACUUGAUGACAUUAUAGUAUUAACAAAAGAUAUACAGGAAGGAGAUACUUUAAAUGCAAUAGCCCUUCAGUACUGUUGUACGGUAGCAGAUAUCAAGAGGGUUAACAAUCUCAUCAGCGACCAAGACUUUUUUGCCCUUAGGUCUAUCAAAAUUCCAGUUAAAAAGUUUAGUUCAUUGACUGAAACACUUUAUCCUCCAAAAGGAAGACAGGCUUCACGUCCUUCAUCAGUUCAGUAUGUUCCAGAACAACAGGAAAUUUUGCCAGCUAAUGAUUCUCUUUCUUCCACUGAGUCAGCUGAUAACUUUUUAAAAGAAGUAGAUCGAGACAUAGAACAAAUAGUAAAAUGUACAGACACCAAAAGAGAGAACCUUAAUGAGGUGGUAUCUGCUUUAACAGCACAACAAAUACGUUUUGAACCUGAUAACAAAAACAUUCAACGUAAGGAUCCUUAUUAUGGAGCAGACUGGGGAAUAGGGUGGUGGACAGCUGUAGUGAUAAUGUUGAUAGUAGGUAUAAUAACGCCAGUAUUUUAUUUGCUGUAUUAUGAAAUUUUAGCUAAAGUGGAUGUUAGUCACCAUUCAACAAUGGAUUCUUCACAUUUGCAUUCAGAAGUGACACCCCCAUCACAACAGAGAGAAGUGGAAAAUGGAAUUGGUCCAACUAAAGGAAUACCCUUUGGCCAACAUGAUCAUAAACUAUAUCGUCAAGAUUCUCAGUCACCUGCUGCUCAACACAAAACAUAGCAGUUAGCUCAUAAUUACAGUGUUAAUGAUCAUGUGUAUCUGGAGUGUGGUGAAUCAGUUACAUUCAAUAACCACUUUAAAGGCAGAAGUUAGGGAGACUGAAGAUGCUCUUGUUUUUCACCCUUCUUUUUGGAGCCAGUUGCAAAUAGAUUGAGUGUAAAUUCCUACAGUUGCUAGUUGUUGAUAUUGAGAGUUGUAAAUCCAUAUCUUGUAUCAGUGCUUAAAGCAAAAAUGAAUUUAAAUAUGGGUCUAGGAAGUUCUUAACUUGGAAAAUGCAUCAUUUUUCUUACUCAAGCCUGGUUAUGUUUAAAUUUUAUUUUUCAAGUAAUUAUUUUUUGGUUUAAGGUUAUUGUUAAAUAUAUUAAGCAAAAUAAAAUUUAUAAGCCCCCAAAAUAAUGUGUUAUGGUUAGGAAGUUGCCAUUUGGUCACUAGAACACUGGAUUAGGUCAAGACCUAAAAGUAAUCUUUGUCUCUUAAAGCUCGCUGCCUCUGCUUCUGUUUUUUAAGUGAUUAUAUUUGCCUCUUAUUUGAAAGCACCUUUGUAAUUCUUUAAUGAAAAGUGUUAUAUGAAUUGCAUUAUUUAGGAAAUAAAUCCCUACAUACUGUGAUAAUUUGUUGCUGUGUUACAUGCAGUAACAUGCCUUAAUUACAUUUAAUGCCUUACAAUACUACUUUAUGUAAGCUAAUACAAUUUUUAGAAUUAAAAUUAAGGAUUAUUUCAGAUGGUCCAAUUUAUAUGGCCUAGGCCAUAUAAAUUCGUCUCCACCUUCACUAUCAAGUAAAACUUCAUAGGGUUAAAACAGAUUUUUGGCUGCCUCAGGUCUAUUGGAGAAAGUGGUUCAUUAAGCAAAAGCAAAGGUACAAGAGACCUUUUGUAUUAACACUAACAGACAAAUUAUUUAUUGAUCCGUUAACCUAUAUUUUUCAAAGAGAAAAUGUCCAACUUAGACCUUUUUUUCCCCUCUGAACUAUAGCAUCAGAUUGGGGAACAGAGCCACAGGUGUGUGGAUCAGCCAAAAGGGCUUGAUAGUGCUACUUCCUAAGAUUUGCUGGGGAUCAGACAGUCUGGCUAAAUAAGCAUCAUUUGCAUACUGAUUUCCAUCAUUUAAUUUCUUCAAGUAUGUGUUUUAAAAAUGUAACCAAAUGAUUCAUUAGAAGAAAGAUUUGGUAGAGUCUGGAUUGCCUGUUUGUGUAUAAUAAAGUAUGUACCUUAAGUUAUAUAAUAUCACCUCAUUUUCUGGGCAUUAUUUCCUAAUUUUUAAUGUUUCAGGUUUUGAUCAGUCAUUUUGUAUUUCCAACUCCAAUAUUGAUUUAAUAAAAAGGGGGGGGAUGAAUAAGUACAUAUGGUAAAUGAGGUUUCAUGUAUACUUUCAGGAGCAAAGUAUAAGAAACAGGACAAAGAAGUCAAACAUUAAAGCCCUUGCAUGUAUCAGAGGACCUUAGACAAUUAAUGAAAAGUGUUAAUAUGGAAGUUGUAGCAAAAUCAUAUUUUGAGUAACUCUUUUAGUUUGGAAUUCUAAAAAUUGUUUUAAUGUGCCUU